GCGCGGUGUGUGCUUUCCCGGGCGGAGGCUCCUCCCGUCCCAGCCCCGCCGCCGCCGCCGCGCCUGGCCGCGCCGCCGCUCGCAGACCCUCGGGGCCUCGCCGGCGGAGAGCGUCGGUCGCCGGGUCCCCGCCCCGGGACCUGCCGGACGGGGACUUGCGCGGCUUUCCUUUUUCCCUUUCCGUUCCUAAAGCACGGCGUCAGACGGCGCCGUGAGCCCGGAGAGGCGUCCCCGCACAGUACAGCCUCGCUUAACCGGAAGCCAGCUCCCGGGACCCCUCGACUCUCUGGUCCACGUUUGAAGGGAGGAGCGGCCCCCGUCCCCCUCAGAGAAGGCCAGGAGUUCCAACAGUGUGGACACGUCCAGGGGCAGCGUGACAUGAGUCGUCUCUCCUGCAGAGAGGCGGGGAGGCGGCAACAUCGCUAGCCCUGGAGGGGGGAUCAAAGGAGGAACUGUGGCUCAUGGUGGCCCAGGAUCAGCGGAACGGGACAGGCAGGUGAGGGAGCAGAGGACGGGGGGAGGAGAGGCAAGGACUCUGCCAGGACCCCCCCCCCGCCACGUGUGUCCUCCCCAGCCCUUGGGGACAAGCCACUCCCCCCAUGGCCUCCAAGCAGGCCGCUGGGCGGAGCCCAGGGGAGAAGCGCAAGAGGGUGGUGCUGACCCUGAAGGAGAAGAUUGACAUCUGCACGCGCCUGGAGAAGGGGGAGAGCAGGAAGGUGCUGAUGCAGGAGUACAACGUGGGCAUGUCCACCCUGUACGACAUCAAGGCCCACAAGGCACAGCUGCUGCGCUUCUUUGCCAACUCGGACUCCAACAAGGCCCUGGAGCAGCGGCGCACUCUGCACACGCCCAAGCUCGAGCACCUGGACCGCGUCCUGUACCAGUGGUUCCUGGGGAAGCGGGCUGAGGGCGUGCCCGUCUCGGGCCCCAUGCUCAUCGAGAAGGCCAAGGACUUCUACGAGCAGAUGCAGUUAACGGAGCCCUGCGUGUUUUCUGGCGGGUGGCUCUGGCGUUUUAAGGCCAGGCACGGCAUUAAGAAGCUGGACGCGUCCAGUGAGAAACAAGUGGCCGACCACCGAGCAGCCGAGCAGUUCUGUGGCUUUUUCCGGAGCCUAACGGCCGAGCACGGCCUGUCCCCUGAGCAGGUUUACAACGCCGACGAGACCGGCCUUUUCUGGCGGUGCCUGCCCAGUCCCAGCCUGGAAGGUGGGACGGUGCCCGGCAUCAAGCAGAGCAAGGACAGGCUGACCGUCCUCAUGUGCGCCAAUGCCACGGGCUCCCACAAGAUCAAGCCCUUGGUGAUUGGGAAAGGCGGCGGUGCCCGGGCUUUCGGGGGCAUUCAGCACCUGCCCGUCGCCUACAAGGCCCAAGGUAACGCGUGGGUGGACAAGGAGAUUUUUUCGGACUGGUUCCAUCAUAUCUUCGUUCCGUCGGUGAAGGAGCACUUCCGGGCAGCGGGUCUGCCCGAGGACGGCAAAGCCAUCCUGCUGCUGGACAACGCCCGCGCCCGCCCGCGGGAGUCCGAGCUGGCCUCCGGUAACAUCUUCACCGUCUUCCUGCCCGCCAGCAUCACCUCGUUGAUUCAGCCCAUGGACCAGGGCAUUCGGAGAGAUUUCAUGAGGCACUUCAUCAACCCCCCCGUCCCGCUGCAGGCCUGCCACCCCCGCUACAGUGUGAACGACGCCGUCUUCAACGUGGCCUGCGCCUGGAGCGCCGUGCCCGGCGACGUCUUCAGCCGGGCCUGGAGGAAGCUGUGGCCCGCGGUCACGUUCGCCGAGGGCUCGUCUUCGGAGGAGGAGCCGGAGCGCCUCCGAGCGAGGCCUCACGAUCAGACUUUCGCACACAUCCUGCAGCUGCGGGGAGAGGCCCCGGCCCGCCCUGGCAGCCGGCUUCCCCGGGGCGCGGCCGCAGAGGGCCCGGCCCCAGCUGCCGGGAGCCCGGAGCAGGCUGAGAAGGACGGCGACGAGGCGGCCUGGGAGCAGGCGGCCCUGUCCUUUGACGCCGUGGUGCGCUUCGCCGAGGGACAGCCCUGCUUCACGGCACAGGAGGUGGGGCAGCUGCGUGCGCUGCGCUCCGUGUUCGCCAGGCAGAGGCAGGUGAAGCGGCGGCGCGUGGCCCUCAGGGCCGUGGUCAAACUCGAGGCCCCCCAGGAGGCCCCCCCUCUGCCCUGCUCCUCCACGGUGGGCGAGCACUGAUGUCGGCGUGGCCCUCGCCUGCGGGCCGGAGCUUGUCCGGGAGGUCGGGGCGCCCGGUGUGGGCUCCCGGCCGCUCGCGACGGCCCAUCCCUGCGCGUCUGGUGCAUCGCGGGCUUACCGUGUUUUCCGUCCUGGCCCGUCAAUGUGAGCAGCCGCUCCGGAAGGGUCCCACACACCCGAAGCCGAGCGGAGCGUCCCGUGGCCGGAAGCCAGGACCGUGCCGGGCAGAUUCUGGCUCCGUGUUGGCUGGCUGAGCCCCACUGUGUGCGUGGGUGGAGGUGUCUGUCCGUCCGGGAGGAGCAAAGCCGGCCCUCGGGCCAACUGAUGGCGGUGCCUGCGGCCACUUGCCAGGGCUAGUGUUGCCCUGGGCCCGCCUGCCAUCCCCUCGGGGCGCGGUCGGUGGUGUGGCGCCGUCCCUGUGUCAGGCGGGCGCCCGUGCCUGCGGUUCGUAGGUGGCGGGUCCUCACUUCAGCCGUGAGCUCAGCUGCGCAGCCCCCUGCAAGCUCCUCCGUGCUGCUAGGCGGUCUCGCCCCUUGGGCUGGGCCCCAGGGCGUGGGGGCCGCACGUUGGGUUGGCACGGCGGAGUCGCUUCCCCUAACGCAAGCAGGACUGUCCGCCCGGGCCUCCUGUUGCCCCGAGGGUCCCUGCCGCACUGCGGGCGAGUCCAGCGUCCUGGUGCCGAAUCUACUGCGUCGUCCGAGCCCCCGUUCCACAGGAGUUCGUGCUGACCGCGUGCAUGUCACUGAGUUUGCUGAGCGCUCAGCAGUGCGUCUCAGGCGUGCGCUCGUGCCCUGCGUUAAGUCCAGCUGUUUGGAUUUCCGGCUGCAUUUGAACUUCAGCGUUGGCCGUUCAUGCCUCGGUACGCCGUGUGGGGAAGAGCCGGCUGCAUGGCUUGGUUGUGGGCGGAUUGUGGCCCCCCGCUGCCCGCGGCCUGGACUGCGCCCCGGGACGGCGCACCCUCCUUGCGCGCACAUGGGGGGCUGUGACUUCUGUCUUUCACCGCUGCGCCCUGGGAUUCCGGCCUGGCCGUCCGGCCGCCUCGUGGUUCUCGGCCCCCUGCCCUCUGGGGCGCCCACCGGCCUCCACACAGCGUUUGGUUCACUGUCCGUUCCUCUGCUGUGUGCAUCUUCCCAAGCAUGAGGCGACGGUUGUCGCCGCCACCGUGUCGCCUUGUGGACGUGCGUGUUUCCUGCUUUAAAUGCAGGGCUGAAGGGCGUGAACCGAGCAAGGCCGUUUUCAGAGCAUCCUCGUGGAGUCUUCAGGCCAGAUUGCCUCGGGAUCGUGCUGCCGUCGCACCCUUUCCUUCCUGUGCCCGGGGUGACAUCUGAGCACCCAUGUGCUUGGCUGCUGGUUCGGACUCGUGUGGCCCCGUGCUGUUGAAUUGCGGCUGCUUGUGGUGUCACGGGACGUGAGGUGUUGGGUCCCUGGAGCGCCUGCCCUCGCCUCGGUGUAGGUGGUGGUGGCCCGGAGAGGCGGCCGGACGCCGAGGAGCUCUCCCGUGCUUCUCGAACAGCGGGACUUCGCUGGCUGGGUACAGCCGGGGGAGGGGCAGGACACGUGGGGCUCCUGGGUCCCCUUGGAGGCUUUGUCCCAUCAGAUUGUAGACCCCAGGCCGUGGAUUCGCGACCUGCCCCGGUCCUGGCCAUUCUGUGGCCAGUCAGUAAAUGCUUGUCACUGGACAGCCUGAGGGGUGUCUGUCCUCAAGGUGCUCCUUCCAGAAGCGGCCACAGAGCACGGCGCCAGCUCGAGCCCUCUUGCUGCUCAGGAGGUCCUGGGGCAGAGCAAGCUCUGGCCUCCCCUGCCUCCCUCUCUGAUGGGCAGCACGCUUCUCCGCACGUGGCCUCUGCUGCUGGCUCGGGCGGAGCCAGGUGCCCUGGGCUGCAGCCGGCCGCGGGGCCACAUGUGGGUGCUGGCAGAGGCCCAGGGCCCAGCAAGGCCGUCUGGUGAGCUGUGUGGCCCGGCGGCUGGUGAGCGUCUCCACCCCGUCCCGCCGCCCUCCCUGUCCUCUGGGAGCCCCUCCCAACUGCUCCGCUAGGCACUUUCUGCCCGGCCCCUCAGGCUCAGGGGUCAGCGUGCUUCCGCCUCGGAAUCCUUCCCAAGCAGUUCUGGGUGGAGCCCGACUAGGCUGGAUGUGAAAUCGGAGCAGGUGGGACCAGUGCCCCCUUCUUUCCUCUCUGGCCACUGUGGAGGCACCUGCAGGAGGCCCGGGCUCCGCGUCUGCCAUGAGCACGUGGCCCAGAGCCCCGGCAGUGGGGUCCGCGGGUGUGGCGUCUGGGAGGCUUCUCCAUCCCGUUGGGUCAUGCUUGCACCCCUCCUGGCCGGUCUUUCCUGGGCCAGAAGGCAGAGCCUUUGGAGGCAGCUCAGGGCCCUUGGAGUCGGAUGUGGCCCUGGGGGGAUGGGGCAGAAGCAGGGGUAGGCGGCCACGCAGACUGCGUGCUUUCCCGGGAGCCCGGGGUGCGCGGGAAGCAGAACUGGGGGCAAACGGGACCCGCCGCUGCCGCCCCCAAGGGCCAGCCUGAGCUGCUGUGGGAGGCGCAGGUGCGAGCUUCAGCGGCCUUUCUUGGUGUGCAGAUGUGCUCACGCUUCAUCCGUCAUUGAGCAUAGAGCGUGGCCUGUGUUCCCUGCCGGCGUGUACUGACCAUCGUGCUCGGCCCGAGGCUGGAGGGUGAUCAGACAAGGCCCCUGUCCUGCCUCCUGAAGACAAGGCAGGAAGCUGCUGGGGAGGCUGGAACACAGGUGAGGGGCAGAAGGUGGCCCGGGGCGUCAGUGGGUCCGUGAGGGCGGGAGAGCACAGACGGGCUCCUGCCUGCCUCGGGUCCAGCCGCCAAGUCCAGGAGGGUGACCCAGGGUGGUGAGGCAGCUCCGCACGUGGAGCCAGGCUCCUCUGCCGCCUGGGACCUGUGGCUCCAUUGUGUGUUUCGAGACAGUUCCAGGUCCCACCCUGGUGUCUACUGCUUCCAGCCCUCAGCCGCAGGAAGCACACUUCCUCCGAGCUGCCCGUCUGCCGACACGCAUCGCUUCUGCUCCAGUCCUUUGGGCCGGGUCCCAGUCCCACAGGCCCCACCGGCCGCCGGGGCAUCCGGGCAGUGUGGUUGGAAAAGGGAGCGUGCGCACCGGGGAGCCAUCUGGGAAAGCCGGGCCGGGUCUCCUGACUCCCCCCUCUGCCGUGCCCUCUCCAGCAGCCGCGUUCUGGCCUCAGCCCCUCUCUGCAAGGACACAGCGGGCAGGUGCACCACGAGGGCCCGGCGUGUGGAGGAUGGAGGCAGGCAGCCCGUGGUGGUCUCGGCUCGUGGGGUGGGGGCUCCACACGGAGACCAGCCCCGGAGAGCUGGGACUGCCAUCGCCCACCCCAGAGCUGUCAGAGACGAGCGGCCUUGUCCGGAGAGGCAGGCUGUGACCCAGUCCCCUUCCCUCCACAAGAGGCUCAGGGGUGCUCGCGAAAGGGGAGCUCGUAGAGACAGCACGUGGGAGGGGCAGUGGGUUGAUAGGUGACACGGGCUGAGCUGGAGGCUGGCUGCGGGUCAGAAGACUCUCACUGAUCUCAGGAGCUGUUCUUGCAAAAGCCAAAUUUGCUUGGAUUAGGCCCUGAAGCCUUUAUGCCCAGGCGUGACUGGAAAACCCGGAGCAGUCUGCCAACGGGGAGCGGUGCCGAGGAGCUGGUGUGGGCCGGGAGGAGAGGCCAGCUUCGCCGGAGCCGCUGUCUUCCCAGGGUGACGGUGGGCCAGCCCACGGCUGCGCCCCUGGAGGCAGCAGAGGCCGGAGCAAGGGCUGCGGGGGCAGGGACGAGCCCAGUGCCGCGCCAGCAAACACAGUAAGCGACAGGAUGACAGUAACACGACCUGGUGGGGUGGCCAGGACCCGGAACUGCGGCAGUGCGCUCCCCGAAGUGAUCCGUUUCCCACCCGAACGUGCAAAGAAACAGGUAUGGCUCAGACCGCAGGAGAAGAGUAGGCUGCAGAGCCGGCAGGCGCUGGACUUAACAGGAAGAGACUUGGACUUGGCCGUUCUACGCGUGGUCGGGGGGUGGGGGGCGAAGGGAGAGACUGGUGAUGGCGCAUCACAUAGCAUCAACAGGAAGGUGAGAAUUACCACACCCAGAAGAACUGAGUGGGGCUUCCGGAGCCAAACAGUACGAGAACCGAAGUGGAGCGUUCCCAAGGGGCUCAGCAGCUGCUGUAAGCUGGCAGGAGAAAGAACCUGUGACCUCGACUGACCCGGAGCCCUAGGUGACCACACAGUGCAGGGACACCUACGUGUCACCGGAGCCCCAGGGGGCAGAAGGGAACAAAAAAUACUCACAUGGUGCCCGAAAAAUCCCCAUGUUCAUCUACAAAUCAGGCCCGGUGAGCUCCAGUGGGACUAACGGUGUGAUCCACAGAGUCGGGAACACAGGGAAAGCUGUCCCUGUCCUGAGAACGCCCAGUGGGGCUGGCGGCUGAGCUCAGUCGGGGACGGCACAGCCCGAGAGCUCAGGAAACUCACAGCCAAGAUUCCUGCGUCUGCCAAAGCGCUCUCAGAAUAAGGUGAGUGAACGAUGUUUGCAGAUGCACAAAAACAGGAUUUGCUGCUGGUGGGCCCGCCUCUCAGGAAAUGCUAAAGGAAGUUCUUGGGGCUCAAAGCAAGUGACGCAGACGGUAAAUCGGAUCCACUCAGAACAAGCCCUGCUAAAGGCAGUUCUGUCUUCAGAGAAGACAGUGUCCACUUGACCUUGGACACCUUUGGGGUUACGGGUGCCAGCCCCUGCUGCCCUUUCCUCUGGCAGCUCCUGCAGCAGCUGCUGCUUUUUUUAAGAUUUAUGUAUUUUAGAGACAGCAUGAGCGGGAGGGGCUGAGGGAGAGAGCAUCUCAAGCAUUCUGUGCCCAGCACGGACCCGGACGUGGGGCUCGAUCGCACGACCCUGAGCUGAAGCUAGGAGCCGAUGCUUAACCAGCUGGCCACCUGGGUGCCCCUGGCAGCUUCUUGAAAAAGCCUGUCGUUCCAUAAAGUGAUAAUCUUGGGUUCGUCACGUUUAUAGAUGUGCCCUGUGUCACAACCACACCGGAAGGGUCUCCGGCAGGAAGUGAGCGUGUCCACAUCCAAAGUACAUUCUGGUCGGCCUGAGAGCAACCGCUCAGGAGAGAACCCAAGAGUCGUGAACAAACCUGUUAGAGAAAUUCAAGUGCUACAUUAGCAGAAACUGCAAAAGCCGCAAGUGAACGGAGGGACAGAAGGACGCGGGACCCGCGGCACGGGGACCUGCCGCGCCUCCCUGGCCCUUGCUGAGCUUGGCAGUGUGGUCCCCGCCGCACAGAGCGGCCCUGGACCUCGGCUCCUCCCGCAGAGCCAGCAGCAGCUGCAGUGACUGAGCCCUGCAGGCGGGGCCGCGCUUCGGGCCUGAAGGGUGGGCGCUGCGGUGGCCACCGGGCGCUGUGGUGGCCACCGGCCACUGUGGCCCCCACGGGCGCUCGGAGCUGGCCAGGACCCGGGAAGGACAGUGUGCUCAGCACUGCCACGUCAGGCCUCGUGGAUUUACGUAAAAUUGACCAUUCGCAGCAAACUUGCCUUAGAGAACGUGUUCUGUAUUUUGGUGCAGAAGCGUAUUUCGUGGGCACCCACACAGGGCGGCGUGCGCUUCCCAUGCCCUCCCCCCGCAGGGGCCCAGAGGGCCUCCAGGUCCCCCGCACCCCGUCUUCACCUCCGUGUCAGCGGACACCAGCCCCCACACCGCCCAGAGCACCGUCCUCGUUCUUUGCCGGCAGCUCCCGGGUGGUCAGGCAGCUGGAGCAAGAUGAGAAGCGGUGGCCUCCACGUCCCGGGGAGACCCGGGAGGGGAGCUUCCAAGGUGAAGGGCCCCAUCUAAGCAGGGGCGGGCGGGAUGGGGCGGCUUUCCACGGCGUACUCGGGAGGCGCGGGCUGCCUCCUCCCCAGCCCAGUGCACGCUCCCCAGCCUGAUCCGGGGUGUGCUCCCUGCUCGAGACCCGGGGCCCUCGGCGUCUACAUCUGCUGCCGUCCACCGACCCCGGGGAGUUCCGGGAGACCCCGCACUGGGCUGCCACAGAGGAAUGUUCAGGAAGGUGGGGGUGGGGCAGCAAUUCUUACAACUGAAAAGACCUGCUAAAGCCCAGUGUGGCUUCCGUGGCUGGGAGCCACGGCACGGGAGGUGCGGCUCUGGCCAUCCGGUCCUCGAGGCUGUGCGUGCGUCCUACCCUUCAGUCCCAGAGACCCACGGGGAGGCAGGAGGGAGAGGGAGCCGAACCAGGUUAGGGCCCCAGCUAAAUGCUUGUCAUUCCACCUGAGCCAAUGUGGACUUGGGAGCCAGCAGGAGCCCAGGACAGUCUUGUGUGCGGAAAGGUAGCUCCCCCAGUGCCAUUCAGGGCCCUUACUCAUUUGUUCAGCCUUCACUGAGGCUUUUCAGGUCCCCGGGGGCUGCCUGGCUGGUGGGACAGAGGUGAGCAGGAUGAAUGCAGCCUGAGAGAGGUGGCCUGCUGAGCAGAAGGUUGGGGUUGUAGGAAAGGCUUGGGGGAACUGAGAGGGUUUCAUGGAGGUGGUGAGCUUGGAAGUGGGUCAGGGAGGGUGCGUAGGAGUUCUCUGGCUGAAAUUGGGAACCGGGCCUUGCAGGCAGACAAGGGCUCGGGGAGGCUGCUACAGGGCAGGAACAGCCCCCGGGUAGGUCAGCCACCCAGCAGGACAGACAGGACACUUGAGACCCAGCAGGUGGGGUCAUGGUGGUGUGAGAGGGUGGUCUCUGGGCUGCCUCCCGCCAGUGGGUGCAGGAUCCCCACGUGGCUGUGACCCACCGGCGUCGGACACCAGAGCACAGAGGUCACCAGGCCGCCCAAACCCAGGAGAAGCCCCACAGUAGGGCCAGUGGCCUGGGCCCAGCCAGCGGGCUCAGCACCUGCUCUGCCACAGGGGCUGAGGGACUUGAGAUGAACAUAGUCUUCUCUGGUCCUUAGACUCUGUUGGAAAUAAGAAGGGGUCUGUGGCCUGCCAGACCCCCUCCAGUGUGGACAGGUGGUGGGCUGGGGGCUUAAGGGGAGAAGUGAAGGGGGCAGGCCCCGGGCUAUUGUCACUCGUCAAAAGGCUGCCCAGCUGAGGCCAGUUCCCUCUUUGGGCAGCUGCCAGAUGGACUCAGGCCUGGCCGUGUCCCCCCUGGCCAGCCCCGGCAGCUGGAGGCGCUCUCCUCAGUCUCAGGGGCUUCUGGCUCUGCGCUGUCUGGGGCCUGCUGGGCUGGGGGACCCAAAGGGGACCCCAUGUCCUGGUUGGCCUGGGCUGGUCCUGGUGGGCACCUGGUGUCUGGGCACAAUCCUUAAUAGCAUCCCUUCACUCUCCAGGGUCUGGGUUUGGACAGCUCAUCUCAUGGGGACACCCUGCUGAGGCCCACUCUUCACACGAUGCCCCCACCCCUGGUCAAGCAGAUGGGCCGUCUGAUGCUACAGGAGCUAGCCUCAGCCUGGCCCAUGUGUUGGGGGCCAUUGUCCCAAGGUCCACCUUGAAACGUGGACCAUGACCUCGCUAGGCUGGGGGGGGCCUGGAGGCCCACAGGUGGUAAUUCUCCCCCAGGGGACGGGCCUCCAGCAGGAAGCAAGGAGCAGCAGGGAGGCUGUUACCCAGGUGGGGUGUGGGCACCUGCCCUGUGGGUAGGAGUGGAGGUGAGUGUGGACCAGAGGCCCUUGACCUUGGGAGCCAGGGGCCUGCAGAAGCUAACAGAUGGCUUCCAGAUCUCUAGGCUGGGCGGCAGACCUCCCCCACUACCCCCACCCUGGGCUUGAUGGGCUUACUACUCUAGUCAGUGGGACCCUGGAGGGAUGGAGCCUCCAGUGGCCUGUCCGUGUCCCCGACAGUCUGCACGUCCCCCCACUGGCGGAUGUGCCCUCAGCUGGCCCGAGGCCUCGGAUGGGCGGCUGGAUGCCGUGGAGUGAAGGCUCUGUAGCCUGAGGUGGUUGCUAAGCAGGGGCCAGCCUGUACCCUGAGGGGGGGAGCUGGGUGUCGGGGCCAGGAUGGGCCUGCACAGAGGGCCCACCCCGGUCCUCACACGGCCUUCCAGUCUCCCAGCGCUGUGGUGCGGCCACGGCGGGCUUCUCCCCAGCGGAGUCGGCUCUUCCUGCCAGCUCCUAGCCGGCCCUCCUUCCCCGCCUUUCCCCUCUCUCGCUUCCCCUUCUGGGGUCCCAGCCUGCACCCUGCGGUGCAGAUCAGCCCCACUCUCACCUCCCUCCCACUUCUCUGCCAGCUACGUCCUCCUUCCAGUGCGGGUACCAGAGGCCCUGCUGCUGCAGAGGGCAAGGCUGGGGGUCCUGGCUGGAACGGGGGAGACAAACGUGGAGAGACAUGCAGCCUGUGGGGGAGGACUCGGGCAGGGGCUGCGACAGCUUGGCUCCAGCGGCCGGUGGGAGGAGGUGCCUGAACUAGGCCCGGGGUUGUCUGGUGGGGGAGGCCCUGGCCGGGGCAGGUGUGCGAGGAGGUGGGUCCCUGGGGCCCGCCAUAACACACUUCCUCUUCCUGACUGAGGAAGGCAUUUUGCCCCUUUCCAUGGGGGCAAUCAUUUUAAUGAAGUGCUUUUUUUCUGGGAGCCCAGAGUGCAAGGCUUACUCCUAGCUCAGGGAUGUGCCUGUUGCCGGCAACUCUAGUGAGGGCACCCAUGAAUCUCCUCUCACUUGUGCCUCCAAAAAUGAGGCCACGGGCUCUCGCGGUGCCUCAUUCUUUAAUUAAACCGAUACUGGAACGACAGAGAGGGGGCAGGGCAGGGGAGGGGGCGGCAGCUUCUGGGUGGGAGGAGCCCGGGGCUGGGGGGAACGUGCCAGGGGUCUCCCAGGGCCCUCGCAGUGCUGGCCCUCUGGCCUCUCCGCGUGGGGCCAGCUGCCGCUCUGCAGGACCCCUGGCCGGCCUCUCCGUCCUGCUGCUGGGCCCCUCGCUCACCCCUGCUGCCUGCCUCAUCCCACCAUUCCUAGACCAGGAGAGCCCCACAGCACACCCACAGGCUUCUGACUGCAGCCCCGCCCCCCGACAUUCGUGCAGGAUGCUCUGCCCUACAAGGAGACCCACGUACCCCACUUCCCGAGGACAGAGGAUUAGAUGCACGCACGCGUGCACUCUCCUGCAGCUAAAACAAGUCAAUAAAACAGCCCUUCUCUUGAUUGAACUUAAAGUGUGCAGUUAAUUGAAUUGUGUUCUCCAGCCGCUGUCUGCCAGGUAAUGAAUGCAUCACGGGCCUCUCUCAUUAGUAGUCGCGUUUUCUGUCCCCACUCUGAGCGCCAUCUGGGCAGCCCUGGGUGAUCCCCUGAGCACAGGUGAGGGGGUGGGGAGCAGAGGAGGGGCCCUGAGUUGGGAUUUCUGUGCCACUGUUUCGGGGAUAGGCGUGUGGUCCUUCGGUCUCGAGUCUUCCUUGGAGGCCCCAGUGAGGCCCCGGGGGUGUGGCCCUGCUAAGGGCUGUGCUUGGGGACUCUCCACGGAAUGAAUGCCAGGGCACUUCAUGCCACAGAGCAUGUUUGGAGUGAAGAAAAGUUGUAGAGAUGCUGGUGAGGGGAGCAUGACAUUGUGAAUGUGAUCAAUGCCACUGAGGAUGUGAAAAUGGUAUGUCUAUUUGCCUCAAUAAAUAGAGUUGUAAGAAAUGGACAUAAGGGCCUGGUGGUCAGGACCUGGUGACUCUGGGCUUGAGGGCAUGGACAAGCCGCAGCGGAGAGGUGAGGCCACCAAGAGGCCAGUCCUAGCGGGCCGCCGGAGGGACGGGCACCCAGGGCUGGGGACGCCUGGGGACU